GGGAAGAGAAUGUUCAAGGAAAUAAGGUGCAUUAAGUUUAGAACGAGUUGAUACCGGUCUUUGAAUGCACUUGAGGUGUUCUUUAUUUUGAAAGCAUUCCAGGGUGUGCUGCUUUUUUUUUUUUUUUCCUCUCCCCCACCCCUUUUCUCCUUGGAAUGGGAAAAUAAGAAUCUGCCUGGAUGAGAGGCUUCUGGGGCAAGAAUUGAACACCGGGGAGGCAGCAGGGGACAGAAGAGGGGCUUGCCUGGAGCAUGGAUGGGAAAGGUGCUGGCAUUCUCCAGGGCUCGGUUCAAGCUGAGAAUCUGUGCCCGGGGCUGCAGCUGCGGAUGAGAAAGGCGCUGUCUGGCUAAUGAAGGCCACCUGGAUCAGAUUUCUGAAAAGAGCCAAGGGAGGAAGGCUGAGGAAUUCUGAGAUCUGUGGUUCGGCAGACUCCUACACCAGCCGUCCAUCCGAUUCAGAUGUGUCUCUGGAGGAGGACCGUGAGGCAGUGCGCAGAGAGGCAGAGCGGCAGGCCCAGGCCCAGUUGGAAAAGGCAAAGACAAAACCCGUUGCAUUUGCAGUCCGGACAAAUGUCAGCUACAGUGCAGCCCAUGAAGAUGAUGUUCCAGUGCCAGGCAUGGCCAUCUCAUUUGAGGCGAAAGAUUUUCUGCAUGUUAAGGAAAAAUUUAAUAAUGACUGGUGGAUAGGGCGAUUAGUUAAAGAAGGCUGUGAAAUCGGAUUCAUCCCAAGCCCAGUAAAACUAGAAAACAUGAGGCUACAGCAUGAACAGAGAGCCAAGCAAGGGAAAUUCUACUCCAGUAAAUCAGGAGGAAAUUCAUCAUCCAGUUUGGGUGACAUAGUACCUAGUUCCAGAAAAUCUACACCUCCAUCAUCUGCUAUAGACAUAGAUGCUACUGGCUUAGAUGCAGAAGAAAAUGAUAUUCCAGCAAACCACCGCUCCCCUAAACCCAGUGCAAACAGUGUAACGUCACCCCACUCCAAAGAGAAAAGAAUGCCCUUCUUUAAGAAGACAGAGCACACUCCUCCUUAUGAUGUAGUACCUUCCAUGAGGCCAGUGGUCCUCGUGGGCCCUUCUCUGAAGGGGUAUGAGGUCACAGAUAUGAUGCAGAAAGCACUGUUUGAUUUUCUAAAACACAGAUUUGAAGGGCGGAUAUCUAUCACAAGGGUCACUGCGGACAUCUCCCUUGCCAAACGAUCAGUAUUAAACAAUCCCAGUAAGCAUGCAAUAAUUGAGAGAUCCAAUACAAGGUCAAGCUUGGCUGAAGUUCAGAGUGAAAUUGAGAGGAUUUUUGAACUUGCAAGAACACUACAACUGGUUGUCCUCGAUGCAGACACUAUCAAUCAUCCAGCACAACUCAGUAAAACCUCUUUGGCCCCUAUUAUUGUAUAUGUGAAGAUUUCUUCUCCUAAGGUCUUGCAAAGAUUAAUAAAAUCUCGAGGGAAAUCUCAAGCUAAACACUUAAAUGUCCAGAUGGUGGCAGCUGAUAAACUGGCUCAGUGUCCUCCAGAGUCAUUUGACGUGAUCUUGGAUGAGAACCAGCUUGAGGAUGCUUGUGAGCACCUUGCAGACUAUCUAGAGGCCUACUGGAAGGCUACCCACCCUCCCAGCUGCAGCCUCCCCAACCCUCUCCUUAGCCGUACUUUAGCCACUUCAACUCUGCCUAUUAGCCCCACCCGAGCCUCUAACUCACAGGGUUCUCAAGGUGAUCAGAGGAUGGAUCGUUCUGCUCCUGCACGUUCUACUUCCCAAGUGGAAGAAGAACCCUCCCUGGAACCUGUCAAGAAAUCCCAGCACCGUUCUUCCUCAGCCCCACACCACAACCAUCGCAGUGGCACAAGUCGAGGCCUCUCCAGGCAGGAGACAUUUGACUCUGAAACACAGGAGAGUCGAGACUCUGCCUAUGUGGAGCCAAAGGAAGAUUAUUCCCAUGAACAUGUGGACCACUAUGCUUCACACCGUGACCAUAACCACAAGGAUGAGACCCAUGGAAGCAGUGACCACAGACACAGGGAGCCUCGGCAUCGUUCAAGGGACGUGGAUCGAGAGCAGGACCACAAUGAGUGCAACAAACAACGGAGCCGUCACAAAUCCAAGGAUCGCUACUAUGACAGGGAUGGAGACGUAAUAUCCAAAAAGCGGAACGAUGCUGGGGAGUGGAACAGGGAUGUUUACAUCCGCCAAUGACUUCUUACCCUUUUGUGUUUUUCCUUUCUCCCCGAGUCUUGUAUAACAGCAGCCUCAAAACCUUUGGGGUCUUAAUUACAAUCAUAUAUGAUCUGUCUUGUAUAUUUUCUAUUGCUGUUGCAUAAGUGGCAAUAGCAUGAAAUAAGAGUAUUAAUAUACAUUCUUUUCUUUUGUAAGUGCUAUACCAAUUGGCUUGGUACAGAUGCAGUUACUGUGGUCUUGGAUAGCUGCCAACCAGACGAUGUUAAUGGUAUUAAGAAAUGUAACCAGAAAAAAAAAGUGGAAAUUUCUUGUUUCAUCACAUUUUAAUACCCAGAAACCUGACUGGCAUAUCCAUUCAUUCAUGGACCACUGUUUCUUGCUUGUACCUCUGGCUGACUAAAUUUGGGGACAGAUUCAGUCUUGCCUUACACAAGGGGAUCAUAAAGUUAGAAUCUAUUUUCUAUGUACUAGUACUGUGUACUGUAUAGACAGUUUGUAAAUGUUAUUUCUGCAAACACCUUAUUCUAUAUAAUUAUAUAUAAUAUAUAUAUCAGUUUGAUCACACUAUUUUAGGGUCUUAAUGCCAAGUCAGCAGAUUUGCUUUAUGAAUUACAGGGACGAGAAAUGUCCACAUUCAGGAAAUUUGUAUUAACAUUGUCUAAACAUCUACUUACCCCAUUCUAAUGUCUGUACAUACUGUAAAUACGUGUGAUUGCUUGACUUGAACAGGUUUGAUUUCGAAUGUUAUCCUUAUAAUUUUAACCAUAAAUUAUGGUAAAUAUAACCAAACUCCAGAGAUUGUUCUACUUUAUAGAGUCCACACUGAUUGUGACAAACACAUUCUUAGUAGCUAGUGUCUGUGAUAGUCACUGCACUGGAGUAUACAAGCCGGAACCCGCUGUGUGCACGUGUGUGUCUGGAUGCAAGAGUGUGUGUGAGUAACUCAGGUGAAGUAGAAUGCUGAUGACGGAUGAAGAAACUAGUGACUGAUGUCUGGAAUUCUGCCCACCUAGCUUUGUAUUGUGCUCUAUGUGGCUUUAAUAACCCUUUCAGAGCCGGGGACUGUGAGGAAAGCUUGCUGCCAAAGGUAACUAGGAAAAGCAUUCAUCUGCCGGCUCCUUGUGUUUGCUCGUAGAGAGUAAAAAUGCAGGCAUCUUGUACUGUGAGUGUUUCACUGGAAAUGUACAAUCUUUGUGUGUUAGAGUAUCUGUUUUAGUAAGAACUGUUUACACAGCUUGUGGAAUUAUUUCAUAGGAAAAUAAAUUUUUAUAACUUCUCCCAUUUCAUCUUCUAACCUUGCCUAUUGUUCCUGUUGUUUAUCUCCCAGUCACCUCC